CGGAAAAACUGGGAACGAGGACGUAUCACGACACCUGAGUUCCGAGCUCAGAUGGCUCUCUCCCGAAACAUAAGCAUCUUACUCGAGCAACUACUUCGGAAUUACGACGACAAUCAGCGGCCUUACCAAGGGGUUCGGCCAACUCGAGUUGUCGCGAGUAUGCUCAUACGAAGUAUGGGUCCUGUCUCCGAGCUGGAUAUGGAGUACUCUAUGGACUGCUACUUCCGUCAGGCAUGGAAUGACCACCGCUUGAAGUUCAAGGGGCCGAUAUCACCUAUUUCUCUUCACAUAAAAACUCUCGAACGCAUCUGGAAACCAGAUACGUAUUUUCACAACGGCAGAGGUUCUUACUUACAUACGAUCACGCAACCGAACAAACUUCUGAGGCUCUCGAAUGACGGAGCGGUUUUGUACUCCAUGCGUUUGACCAUUAAAGCUAAAUGUCCGAUGGAGCUCCAGAAUUUCCCGAUGGAUCGACAGUCGUGUCCCCUCGUCUUCGGAAGCUACGCAUACACUCAGGAAGAAAUGGUGUAUUCCUGGAAAGCAGCACCUAAAGCCGUAGGACUGGUCGAAGGUCUUCAACUGUCACAAUUCGACCUCAUAAACAAUCCUUACGUCAAUGAAACUUUAAUCAUCAGGAACGGAACCUAUUCCGUUUUGCGGGUGAACUUCAAUCUGCAUCGACACAUGGGCUAUUUCCUAAUUCAAGUCUACGUCCCGUGCGGCCUACUCGUCGUCUUGUCGUGGGUUUCUUUUUGGAUCAACCGGGAAGCCACCGCUGAUCGCGUCGGGCUCGGAAUGACAACCGUCCUCACCCUUUCCACGUUCGGUCUUGACACCCGCACCGAUCUACCGAAAGUUCCAUACCCUACUGCUCUUGAUUGGUUCGUGAUCAUGUGCUUCACCUAUGUCAUCUGCUCGCUGCUGGAGUUCGCGGGAGUCCAUUAUUUCACGAAGGUCGGAAGCGGGGAAUAUUUCCCUGGAGUCCAUACUUAUGAUGAGCGAGAUGACACCAUAAAGACCUAUCAGGAACUCGAAGCCGAUCGAGAGGAAUAUGAAGAUGAAGGAGAGGACGGCGAUGAAGAAGACGAUGAGGAAACUCCACCCCUCGAUGAAUUUGCCAAUUCCGACUUCUUUGCCGAGACUACCAGCUAUAACUUCAACAAAUGUGCCUCCAACUGCAGAGACUGUGAAAUUAUGCGAGCCCACAGCCUUCUGGACAGUGCUCUGAGACAACGGAGUCUCUACGACGGUGGAGUUCCGAACAAUAUCGAUGGUCGGGUAUCGACAUCGAUGCCGACAUUGAACAGCCAUUAUCUCCCAUACGUUCCGGCACCCCCACCCCCUCAGCCGCGACGUUUGCCGUGUUUUCUGGAGUUUCUUAUGUGCAUGAUCAGUCACGAAAAGUACCGAGACGAGCUGCGACGCAGCGCACCCAAAGGACAAUUCGUCAACAGUGUGUCCCAGAUCGAUAAGGUGUCCAGGGUUUUAUUCCCAGUGAGCUUCUUCUUCCUAAACAUCAUCUACUGGUUGGGGUACGGACAUUAUAAACCCCCCGGAUGGCAGGACAACUUCACCCCUGUAGUUUUCAACCUGUCCCAAGUCCCUCCGACUCCGGUCCCGAUGUAG